AAGAAGAAAAAGAACAGUAGCCUCGAAAAGAGGAAAAAAAGAGAGGGAAAAAAGAUACGUGUUCUCGAGGAUAAAAAACAGCAGUAUCUUGAUCGCAACUUCUUUUUUUUUUACAGUUAGAGCGUCCUUGAACGAUAAUGAGCAAAGGAACGGAAAGGACGAUUGGUUCCGGCGAAUUCACAAUUUGGCGGCAGUUUCGAGGCGCGAACACGACAUAGCGGCGUGAUUUUAGACAAAUCCGUGAGAGUGCGCAUUAAACGAAAGAGAGAGGUGGGAAGGGAGAAAGAAAGCACGAGAGAACAACUGACAGUCAACGUUUUUAUUCAUCAUCGAUGUGGCGCCGACAACGGCGAUCAGUACGACAAGUUGUUGGAUGCGUCCGCAGGAGCAGAAAUAUUUGAGAAGAAAGAGAAGAAUCAAGAAAGGUGGUCGGAAGAGAUUCCUUCGUUCCUCUCUUUCUCGACCGUGUCGUGAAAAAUUCGAGUUGCGCCGAACGGCAAACUCGGCGGCACAGAUACAUAUCGCGAAGAAAGAGAAAGAGUGCGCGCGCGAGCGAGAGAGAAAGAGAGGGAGAGAAAGAGAGAGAGAGAGAAAGAAAGAAAGAAAGAAAGAAAGAGAGAGAGAGGGAUAGAGGGAGAGAGAGAGAAAGAGAGAGAGAGAGAGAGAGAAAGAGAGUUAACGGAGAGGACGAAGAGCAUCAGAGGAGAGCGCGCACCGGCUGACGCUCGAGAACAGCAGUACUUCCUCGAUUCCAUUCGUUAAGACGCGAGACUCAAAGAGACGAUGAGAGCGUGCUGACGACAACGACGACGUCGCGCGUUAAAGAUUCGGAAACUAUGGCGAACAUCGCGGCGCAGCGAAUCAAACGGGAAUUCAAAGAGGUUAUAAAGAGCGAGGAGGUGAGUGGAGGGAUCACCUCUCGGAGCAGACACAGAUUCGAUCUCUAGUCAAUGCGCGAAGGAGAAGCGCUUUGCGGUUAUGCGGCUUUUGCGGCUUUUCGUGUACUUUUAUUCUUUUCUUUAUCUCACACCGUGUGCACGGCAUGACAGAAAGAGAUAGAGAGGUUGCAAAGUGUGCAAUUAAAGUCGAGUUGGUAAAUGAUAGCUUCACUGAAUUAAAAGGCGAAAUAGCUGGGCCACCAGAUACACCUUAUGAGGGAGGUAAUUUUGUACUUGAAAUCAAAGUACCUGAGACGUAUCCCUUCAAUCCUCCUAAAGUUCGUUUUAUAACAAAAAUAUGGCAUCCCAACAUAUCUUCGGUCACUGGUGCUAUUUGUCUGGACAUAUUAAAAGAUCAAUGGGCAGCCGCAAUGACUUUACGAACAGUAUUGCUGUCAUUACAAGCCUUGUUAUCUGCAGCAGAACCGGAUGAUCCUCAGGAUGCAGUAGUAGCUAAACAAUAUAAAGAGCAGCCUGACAUGUUUCGUCAAACUGCUAAACAUUGGACAUUUGUAUAUGCGGGUGGACCCGCAAAGAUGCCUGAGCUAGAUGAAAAAAUAAGAAGAUUAACAGAUAUGGGGAUUGAAGAACAUAAUGCAAGAGUUGCUCUUUCCUCAUAUAAUUGGGAUUUGGAACGUGCCACUGAGCAGCUCUUCAGUUAGUGAUAACUGUACAGUUAAUUCAUCACACAAAGACCACUCAUUUUGUCAUUUAGGAACUUCUGUAACAACACACUCAACUAAUAAUACCAUAGCAGUUUUAUAAUAAAAUUCAGCUCCUUUAAUGGCAAUAUUUCCAGUGUAAAAAAAGAAAAAAGAAGAAGAAGAAGAAAGAAGAAAAUUCGAUAGAUACGAUUUGAUAUCUUUGAUAGUUAUCUGCUUGAUUUAUAAAAUACAGGCUUAAAAAAAAAAUCUAGUGAAACAUAUAAAGGCAAAAUUUAUAAGUAGCUAUAUAUCUGAAAGAUAAGGAUUACAAACAAAAAUUUAAUUUUUAAUUUUAAUUCAAAUGAUAUGAUAAUAUUGUGCUUUCUAAGCAUAUUUUUAACUGUUAUGGAAAUUAAGUAGUGUGUUUAUUACAUCUUUAUAUUAUUUUUUUUAUAAUUGUACGAUGUUUUGGAACGAUUAAUGUUUUGAAUGGUUGAGUGUGUAUUUCUUUUAAUUUUAUGUACACAAAACAAACACAAACACAUACGUCUUCUUUUCUUUAUUUUCCGUUUAUAAAUUUUAUGGAUCAGGAUAUUACUUAUACUUUACGUAUAUUUGUUUUUCCCUUUUCUUAUAAACAAGUAAAUUUAAAGAAAUUCUUUUGGGUACUGUAGUGAAGUUUCUUGUAGAACAGUACCUGGUAUAUAUUGGUUUAUGUUACAGAAGUCAAUAUAUGAUACGAUGCUUCUUAUAUAAGAACAUAUAUCAAGAGAGAAAACAUGUUUUUUUUGAUCUUCAAUAUUAUUUCCCUACACUUCUUUUCUUAAAACAUACAGAAGUGUAAUGUGAUUAGAUUCGGAAUGUAUGUUACUGAAAUAGAUGAAAAUUUAAUAAUGUUA